AUGACGAUCAAGUUAUCAACUUAUAUUUGCGUCGUAUUAUUCGGCUCUACAUCAUGGUUGAAUACAAAUUCAGUAUGGUUGGAAUUACCGUUGCUCAUUGAAAAACUGCCAGAAGGAUGGAGUUUACCGUCGUAUCUGACUGUUGUCGUACAGACUGCUUCAAUUGGUCCGUUGGUUUACAGCAUCAUGCGUAAAUUUUCAAAAAUAUCCAUUCCAAUACCAGCUAUAAUCCUAACAUUACUUAUAUUUUGCUGUUCAUGUACCACGUUGAUGGCAUUGUUUUGGUCCCAGACAGUCUUCCUUUUUGGACAAGAACGAUCUGUGAUAUUAAUGAUCUUACUUUUUGGUAUGGCAUUAGUCAAUGGAACAUCAAAUGUACUAUUUAUGCCAUAUAUGGCUACAUUUCAUGCUUCUUAUCUAACAGCAUAUUUUGUUGGAAUGGGCUUAAGUGCUUUGUUUCCCAGUAUCGUUUCGAUUUUGCAAGAAUUCAAUUUUAUAAUGCUUGGUUGGAUGCUUCUUGCUACCGCUGCAUUUGUUUAUCUGAUCUAUCGUAAGAAUGCUGAAUUUGCUGAAAAAAAAGAACCUUCAGUAAAUCAGUCGUCUAUGAAAUUAUCACUAACAGCUAAUGAACCUGGCCCAACAAUUAGCAGUGAACAAUAUAUUGAAACAUAUACUUCUGAAAAUAAAUCACACGCUGAUCAAUUACGAUUCGGAUUAUUAUUAUUUUUGAUGGCUGCCAUAAAUGCUCAAAUGAAUGGAAUUGUUCCUAGUGUUCAAAGUUACGCAUCUUUGCCUUAUUCUCAGACUUUAGCAGUCUCUGAACCAACGCCUGCGUUUUCAUGGAAAGUAUAUUUUUUGGGUACUUAUAUGCUUGCAUUAGCAGUAGAUACUAUAGCAAUUUUUAAAGAACCUAUGAGUCCGACACCUAUUUUGCAAUUUUCUACAUGGGGAUCUGUUCUCAUUAUAAUCAUAGUGGUUUGUUCUGUAGCAUUGAAUUCAUUCCUUCGAACAGUUCUAGCAACUGUAUUGGGUGAUGAUGCAACUGAUAAUGAAACACGGCUUUUUUGGGGCGGAGUAUUUAUACAGAUCGGAUCAUUUUUGGGCUCCAUUGCAAUGUUUCCACUAGUCAAUACAUUUCAUUUGUUUGUGCCUGCACCGCCAUGUCCAUAA